AUGGCAGUUUGCGUUGAUUGCGCAAUCGUGCUCUACAACAUCGGGGUUCUGGUGUCGUAUGUUAUGAUCCUUGGGGAUAUCUUACCAGCCUUCAUGCACUUCAUAGGUGCGCCAGCUGCCUUGCAGCAACGAACAAUUCUCCUGGUAGCCUCCGCAGUUUUCGUGCUGUGGCCCUUGAGCUCCAUGCCGUCCAUGGGAGCUUUGCGCCAUGCAUCCUUGGUUUGCCUUCUGAUGAUUGCGCUCCUCACUGUCUCGCUGGUGGGUCUGGGGCUGCGAACCCAUGAGGAGCUUGAGCCUGAGCCUCUGCAGUACGGCUGCGAAGGGACGAUGGGGUUGCUCACCCAGUUGCCAGUCCUUAUUUUCGCUUACACCUGCAACAUGAACGUGCCCAUCUUCUACAGCGAGCUGCGGGCACAAAAGCACGAGAACAUUGACAGCAAGUUCACCACGAAGAGGCACAAGAUGAUGUGGGCUACCUACUGGAGCUUCGGCACUUGCUUCCUGGCGUACUUCUUCGUGGCUGUUUACGGAUAUGGAGCCUAUCGCAGCCAGACACAGCCAGACAUUCUGAGCAAUCUGCAAAGUGGCAACUACCCUGCAGCUCCAUACGUCAAGGUGGCCUACUCCCUGGUGAUGUUCACAUCAUAUCCUGUGAUGGCUUUCAGCUGCGUUGCCUCCGUCUACCGGCUGUUCUGGGAAUUCUGGUCAUGCUUCCAGUCCGAAGAUGCAGCUUACGCACGCUUCGAGGCCUGCAGCCCUUCUUCCGGUCUUAGCCAGGAGGAGGCCGCGGCUUUGUCUCCAAAGGUUUUCUCUACCCCUUACCGGUGGCCCGAGGAGGAGAACUUGAGGGAGGCCCCAGACUUCCAGCCUGCAUCCCAGCUGCGAAGCCCACCCCCAGAGCCCAGCUAUGCUGUGCGCCAGCUGCUAGUGGUGAUCAUUGUUGCAAGCACGGUGACUGUCGGCAUCAUCCUCCCGGACCUCUCUGUGGUGUUUGGGCUCACAGGGGGCUUUUGCGGAGGUCUUGUGAGCUACUGCUUUCCAGGAGCUUUCUAUGUACGCGUGGCUCGGAAGAAGAGCGAGCGUCUUCCAUGUGGACCUUGGCUGGGCCACUUGCUUGUGAUGUUUGGUCUCCUAGCAGGUGUCUUUGCCUCCGGUGUGGUUGCAUGGCAGGCAAGCGCACAGUAG